AUGAGCUGGCAUUUCUUUGACUCUCAUUUUCAAAAUCAGCAAAAGCAAGAAACGCAAAAUGACGCGAAUUUGGAUUUAAAAUGUCCUUCACGUCCUUCACCAGAGUCCGACCCUCAGAGUCCUUCACGGAUUCCUCCACAAUUCAUCCCCUACCCAAGAAGACAAAACAUGAGCCAUUGCGUUCCGACAUUUGGCAAAAUCAACAUCUUCAUAGCUUACAAAGCUGGAGCACUCAAGGAUCACUACCAUGUAGCUCUUUCAUCGUGGAGAUGCUACUUAAAAAGCACUAACUAUACGUUGGUUCUCGUCGACGUCGACAAUGAUCCUCGUGUCACUUCGAAAUGCAGUCAAUAUAAAGAGUUCAUGUUUCUUCGACAUUGUGCUUUGUUGCAGUAUAUGAGCGAGGCCGAUUGGACUAUUGCAAUGGAUGCGGAUACUGGUGUGAUCAACCCGGAGCAUUGUAUCGAAGAGUACAUCGAUCCGAGAGUCCCACUGAUCUUUCACCAACGAUUCCACAACUACGAAAUCGCCGCCGAUACAUUUAUUGUGAAAAACUCAACUUUUGCUAGAAAUUUCAUCAAAGAGUGGGCCGAUUGGGAUUUUCGGAGGCCAAAACUUCAAUUCGACAAUCGGGACAACGGCGCGUUACAUAUUGCCAACGGCAAACGGACCGAAAAAGCGGCGAGCAAACAUGGCUGGAUGCAAUUGCUCGAGACGAUUUUCAACGAGACAGCCCCAAAUGCUGUUGAGAUGUGUCGCGAGAUCUGGGUGACUCAUACCAUCGAUAUUUGGUCAUAUUUUGCGAUGGUACAAUGUGCAAAGAUGAUGAUGGGUGCGAAUCGCUUCUGGCCGGGCAAAUUGUUGAUUUAUCCAAAAGGAGAAGGGAUGACAAGAGAUGAUUGGAUUACAAAUGACCAUGGGACAAAAUUCUCGGAUCGAGAUUUUCUAUUUCAUGCCUGGAAACAUCAAUCGGUUACGCCCACCUCAGCAUACUCAUUUGAGAAAAUCCCCGACGUUGACAAAUGUGGAGUGGGCACAUUAGAGGGAUGGUAUUGGCGAAAUGGAACGAGAGUCAGUGAAAAGGAGCUUCUCGAUCUUCUCCUCAAAUCCGAAACAUAUCACAUGAAGUGGCCGGUUGAGCCCCGACAACACCAAAAAGCCCGAGUGAUUCCAUGGUUCGAAGUCUCCGAACUCAAGCGAUGUCAUCCGAAUUGCAUGGAUCGGACAAAGCUU